AAUGCCUCACGCACUACGCUUUCGCUGCCUAACGCACUACAGCCUUCCUUAGAAAAAAGGGGAAAACAUAGUUCUACUUAUAGCCUCUCGCUUUGUUUUAUGACCUUAUUCGCGUUGAUCUGGGAGUGUCCCUAUUUUCCGACAGCACCUCAAGGCAACAUUGGUUAGUAGAAAAACCCCUUGGAGCCUCCUCCUCCUCCUCCUUCUCGCUGUGUAUUUCACCUGCGCUCCUUCACUGAGACACACUCCGGUAUCUUUCGGACUUUCCACACCACUUUUAAACAGAAACAUAUCAGCGGCCGUAUUUAAACAGCUCAGACUGACCUCCGCUAUUCUUCACCGAAGCUCAUCAGAGGCAUCCAGAAACCCUAAAAGCUACUUUAUAAGGAUGGAUUCAGCUGCUUUCCUGUUGCUGGCUCUCAUGAGCGCCGGGACUCUUCUUCAAGUGCGGGGGACAGAUAAUGUGACCGCCUUGUAUGGAGAGACCAUUACUGUACCAUGCAACGGUGGAGCUCCACCUCCGCAGGAUCUAAUGUUCAUCAAGUGGAAAUACGAAAAAGACGAUGGCACUCCUGGCGAUCUGCUGAUCAAACAUGCACAUAAGGACAAAGAGACAGUUCAGGCCACUGAUGACUAUGCCCAGCGGGUCCACAUCGAUGACAAGUUCAGCCUGCUCAUCGACCAGGCCUCGCUCAAAGACCAGAAGACCUUCACCUGCAUGGUGGUGUCAAACUCCAACCUCAUGGAGUACCCCGUCUCUGUCGUUGUUAACAAGAAACCAUCAUCAGUAAAUAUUACGGACAAGCCUGCCGUAUUACAGAAGGACAAACCAACACCGGUGGGAACAUGUAUUGCGGCAGAUGCAAACCCCGCAGCUAUGAUCACUUGGAAGAAGAACGGAAAGCCCCUGGUAGCUGAUGGGAAAGCUGUUGUGAUCACCUCCAGCACAAAGCUGGAUCCAGCCACAGGCCUAUCCACCACCUACUCCACCUUGCAGUAUGCCGCCACCAAGGAAGACAUGGAUGCAAUCUUUGUCUGUGUGUCCACACAUAAGCUGAUCAAUGAGGAGACUGAGCUGAAACCCUUUCCCAUUCACUAUCCGUCAGAGAAGGUAAGCCUGCAAAUUAUGCCCAAGGGGCCCAUCGUGGAGGGAAGUAACGUGACAUUGAAGUGUAACGCUGAUGGCAACCCCCCACCCAGCUCCUUCCUCUUCCACAUCAAGGACCAGAAAAUACUGGUGGAAAAUUCGGACACAUACACUUUGACCGACAUCAGGAGAGAGGCUGCGGGUGAAUACAAAUGCUCCCUGGCUAAAAAUGAGAAAAUGGAGGAUUCCCAAAACAUGGUUGUUAGCUACCUGGACCUGAGUCUGAGUCCCACUGGGAAGGUUGUGAAGACAGUAGGGGACACCAUGGAUGUGAAGAUGGAGAAGAAUGCCUCGGGUGAUGCCGAGACAACAUGGACUAAGAAUGGAGUGAGAGUGAGCAAGCCUCAGUUUGCUAAGUUGACCUUUGCUGAUGCAGGACUCUACGUAUGUGAAGUUUCCAUGUCUGGCCUGAUGCGAAAAAAGAGCUUUGAACUGAUUGUAGAAGGAAAGCCUGUGAUCACCAGCCUGACCAAACACCGUGCUGAUGAUGCCCAACACAAAGUUCUGACCUGCGAGGCUGAGGGAGUGCCAGAACCCAGCUUCCAGUGGAGUGUCAAUGGCACGAAUGAGGAGAGCUCCUACAUCAAUGGCAAGGCCACCCAUAAAAUCACUGUGAUCCCCAGGGUGAACCUGACGGUCACCUGCAGUGUCAGCAACAAGCUGGGAGAUGAUGUCAAGACCAUCAACGUCUCCUCUGUUAUUAAGGAGGAAAAAGAGAAAAGAGGUUCUCAGGAGGAUUCAGAGGACCAGUCCAAGCUCAUAGUGGGUGUCGUGGUAGGGCUCCUCAUGGCUGCUGCCGUGGUGGGACUCAUCUACUGGCUCUACAUGAAGAAUUCAAGACAAGGAAGCUGGAAAACUGGAGAGAAGGAGGUGGGGACAUCUGAGGAGAGCAAGAAACUGGAGGAGAACAAUCACACCGUGUAAAGGCGCUCAGGCUCUAUCAUGUGUGAUGAAAGAGCAGUUGAAAGCGGCCUUGCAACAUCAAAAUACAGACUCCCAGUUGGCUGCUGACGCGCUCCAUCAGGCUCCACAUAAGCAGCAACAAUCAGAGUAAUUUUCCACCAAGACCUGCCCACAGCCUGCUGUCCCACCUCACUGUUUGAAGUCCUCACUGAUGCUGCCUCGUGUUACUGUGUCAUUUUGUUUUUUGUGUUCCUGGUGAAUGCUCCCUGUUAUGUUUUGUUUAGGAGAUUUUGUGAGGCUGUGUGGUGGGUUUUUUUUUUUUUUUCGCCGCUUUGUUUUUCCUUUAGGAUCUUUUUUUUUUUUCAAUUUGUUCUUGAAUUUCUUCAAAGAAUGUAAAUUCCUUUUACACUUUUUAAGGCCUGUAUAACAAAUCAUAAUUAUGCGUGUGCCCUGGCUGAGCAUGCCAAUGUUUAUUUUUAUUUUGACUUUUUUGUGCGCUGUGUGUGGAAAAGCCUUUUGUUUGGCUGUGCUCAGAGAAAAAGACACCUCACUGCUGUAUAAUCUUACUGAAAAUUUCCUCAAACUUCGCAGAAGAUAACCUCAACAUCUCUUGGCUUAUGUUCUCUGGUUUUUAAACACUGGCAAAUGAAUUGUCUGAAUAUCUAGUUAAUGGAUUCCCACAACAGUAAGAGUCCUAGUUAUAGUCAUAAUAUUAAAUAAGGAACUGGAUGUACUGUGAAUGAUUUCUAUACAUGCAGUUUAUUGUAACUGUAACCCAAAAAAGCAAACUACUGUGUUUUAAAUUGCAUUUGUGCAGGUGUAAACUGGUCAUCAGCAAAUGGAACAUUAAGACACACUCAACCACUAAUUCUUUGUUUUUGUAAAUUUCCUCCCUAUUUCAGCUCCUUUUACUUUUUCUUGACAUCAUGUCAAGAGGGACUUUUUGACUCAUUUAUGUUGCAAAUAAUUUUAUCUGAAAAGAAAGAAGUAAUGAAAAGGCAAGAAGUCAUCAGAAAAGUGCAACAAGUUGUAAGAAAUGCUAAAGUAUGUUCUGCCAUAACGUUUCUUUUUCUUUUUUUUUAAGUUGAUACUAAAAAUGAGUUUGCUCACCUGUGAUUUGGUUUAAUACACUACAUUAUUGUCUUCAUGUCUUCACCUGUGCACAUGUUUGCUCUACAGUUGAGACCAUGGUUUUGGAGUAGAUUACAUAUUUUCUUUUUCAUGUUUUCAUUUUGGAAGAGCUUUACUGAAGCCAGGUCUGAAUGUUCUGUUUUUUGUGUAUUUGAUGUAUUUAUAUUCUGUGUGCAACCUACCUGGAUGGCUGUUCUGCAGCAUGCAAGAUAGUUUUUUAAGCCUGCAUGGAAGGCAUCAUCAAGUGUUGAAAAGGUACUGUAUGGUAGAAGAGUUACAUGAGAGUGAAUCAGGUGAUACAGUAUCUCAUUCUCUGUGGUAUUGUAAUGAUGUUAUUUUUAGCUCGGUGAAGGAUAACCCAAACUGAAGACAGUAGUUGAGAGUGACAGACAAUAUGGGGUGCAUAAAGAUGGUGGCUCUCUGGGUUUACAGCAUUCUGCUCUGGUUCAUCCCACAAUCAAACACCACAGUGGCCCACCAACAGAAAAGACCUUGUUAACAUUUACAGUUCAGUUAAUACAGUGUACUAUGUGUUAGCACACAACAUGUAAACUUCCUGAUGUAUGCAUUUAAAUAUCCAUGAUUCACCUCACUUCACCUCAACCUAAAAUCUGUUCAUAUUUCUGACAACACCAGUAGAUUGUGAUUAUUGCCAUAAGUCAGUUGAGUCUGAGCUGUAGUAAUUAAUGGUAGAACAAGUGGAACUGGUUUUGUAGACUGCAAUGUUUUUCAUCACCUGGCAUCGUAAAUGUAUCCAAAGCGUCAGGUGUAGAUAGCGUUGGUUGAUCAUGAAACACUAAAUGUUAACUUGAAGGAACCAUGCAGCAGUUGAUCUUGGCUGUUUUUCAAACUGAAGCAAAGAGAAUACCUUCUGUUCCUUUACUGUUUUUUGGAAACAAUGUGUAGAAGUUACCAGUCUAACUCUUCCCCCCCAGCCAGCAUCUUCAACAUUA